AACCCGCUCCCGCAUGCCCCCCUUCCCUUUUCCACCCACCGCCCAUAAGAUAGUGUACGUACUCUCCUACAGCGCACCCCCUCCAUCCGACUGAAUCGCCCUCAAGGCUACUGGGCCUCUCAUCCUCACGCCCCCCCCCCCCCUCAUUCCGCACCCCCGAGUCUCGUCCCAUCCAUUUAGACCCCAAGCAUCCCGCCCAAACUACUUCACCACUCCGCUCCCCUCCAUCGCAACGCACGCAUCUUUAUCUUGCUGCGAUUGCCUACUCACUCACCACUCCCGAUCAGGUCAUCUUCACCUCACUUACACCUCACAUUCACAAGCAAACCCAAAAAGUACGACCUCGUUUGGUGGCACAGCGCAUCCUUAUCUCUACACCGACAACCACCGUCCAACACAACCACAACUAUACCCAUACCUCUACCAUCCUCUUGGGCACCGCUUCGAUCCACGGUUUACACCAGGUUUAAUACGAAGCAUUCCCGACCAAACGCGACGCCAACAACCACGUCCCGCCCUUUUUUUCUCUAAUCACUAAACACUUCGUCGCAACAAGUAUUCGUUGCUUCCCAUCCUCGAUUCUUACGAGAAAUCAACCACACGCCCUUUCGAAUUCCAGCAAUCGAGCGCCUUGAACACCCACCUAGGACGCCCUGCAUCCUUCACCGCCAAGCUUCACUUACACCAACAAUUCCUACAAACCAACCUCACCUCGACUUUGACAUAAUGGCAACCGACCUCAUAAUGCCUACCCUCGCCGAGCAGCGCGGCCCCUCCUUCUACCCCCAGGAUCGCCCUCACUUCACACACACUCGAUCCCACUCCUUCCAAACAGUACCGCAACCGCAACCCUUCCGCAACCGCACAUCACCCUUGAGCACUCCUCAUGAGGGCUCUCCCACCUCGCCCAAGUCGUGCCUCACCGAGUCGGUUCGCCCCGUUUACGUGCCCGCCGUCCUCCGCCCAAAUCAGCACCACUCCAAGAAGCCGCGCGCUCCCAAGGUUGAGGACCUCGACGGCGAGGAUUUGCUCUGCUUGCGCCGCGCCAACAGCAGCUUCAUCAGCCUCCCUGGCUUCAGCGUUCUCGGAGCCAAGCUGUCGCGCCGCUCUACCGGUGACAGUGGCAAGGUUAUUGACCUCGAGCUGGACCCUGAGCUCUUCCCCGACGUUGCUGGCGAACCCACCCGCAAGCACUGGAAGCCCGACUCUGAGUCCAUCAUGUGCGACGACCCGACUUGCAAGCGCAAGUUCAAUGCCCUGAACCGUCGCCAUCACUGCCGCCGCUGUGGCAACAUCUUCUGCGGUGCCCACUCUGGUGAAGUCAUCCCUCUGGACGAGGACUGCAACUACAACCCCAGAGGAGCCCUCGCUCGCGCCUGCUUCCACUGCUUCACCGAAUUUAAGGUAUGGAAGAGCCGUAACGGCAGCCGCAGCGGUAGCGAUCAGAGCUCCGACUCCUCUGGCACCCCGUCGAGCCCCAUCGUCGCGAGCCCCGUUGCCCCGAUGAUGCCUGGCAUGCUCCCCCCUACCAAGGGCCCCGAGGUAGCUGCUAGUGUUCCUCGCGACUGGAACUGGAGCACAUUCUAAAUGUACACUGUACAUUGGAGACGACAAAGAAAGUACAAGGGUGCCCUCACACCCAGCGGAUUACGACUCACGGCCUUAAUGAAGAGCGAAACAAUAGAAUCAUAGACUUACUCACACGACGGUGGCGAUUCUCACCAGCCGCCCCGACGAUACCAGACAUGGAAAAUCACCAAACACUUUUUACACCCUUUCGACUCACACACCAAUACCCACUAAUGGACUGCACCAUGCGUCACCCAUUAUCACUUUCAUCCGCAAUAGAACGCCUCAUCGGUUUUCGAGCCCAGCCGGAUUGGCUUGGACUCUGUUUUGCAUUUACAGCGUGGCGUUGGACGGACACACCAAGACUCGGAUUUGGCUUUGCCAAACUCCCCUCAUAUCAAUCGCAUAUGGAAAAGGGUUGUUUUUAUGGGAAAGCGAUACAACCGGGCUCUUAAUUUUUCAACACUCCAGUUUCUACGGAGUUUUAGCGGCAUACCCCUUUGAAGGCUUAUACCCUGAUGUGACGGCCACAUGCUUUUCGCACCGCGUACUCGGAUCUCCAUCCGGGGGUAUGACUAUCUUACACCUGGGAUGGGAGGAAAAGAGACGAGAGGGCGGAGCAAGUCGGCCGAACGCCUUCAUGGACCGUCGUUGCGUGUAUUUAGAGUUGCCGUCACCGUAUUGGUUGACGGGUUGGAGAUCUAGAGAGGGGGGAAGGGGGAAACAACCCGGACGGGGCGGGCGCGCAGCCAACCUUGUUUGCGCUGGCGGCCGAGUCCAGCCGGUCUCUGCCUUUCACACUCUUCUGAGGUCUCGGAAGA